GGGGCUCAUCAUCACAUGGCACAAGUCUAUAACAGUGAAUCAACUCUCUUAGAUCAUCAAUAUGAAGACAGCAGUCAUCUUUGCUACACUAUUAUUAGCCUGCUGCUGCCUACUGGCCUCAGCUGCAGCUCACAAUGAGAAGAGUGUUCAUCCUCUAAAAAAGUUUUUCUCGCAAAAAGAUGCCAAUGGUGGAGCUACAUGUGCUACCUGCUCUAUCCUAGUAGGGCUGGUGGAACAGCUCUCACAGAUCUACAACAUUUCUAUUGCCGAUUCCAUAUCCAAGUUUUGCGAAUUUCUUCCGAGUGGUUUUAAUGUUGCAUGCAAAUUGAUAGUGACUGAUUUUGCUCCCACUAUUAUCAAGCUGCUUGAAAAUAAAGAAACUCCCGACAUUGUCUGUCAUGCUCUCGAUAUCUGCACCAAUCAAACGGGAGAGUUUUGUCAUGUGUUUCCACUGCCAAAGCACGAUUCCACGAACGAUAUACGAGCAAGGGUUGCCAGGGCCAAACAAACUGUCAAACUAACAAGAAUUAACUUAGGCCUGAAGUCUGAUGCUUUCUUAAACCCGUACCACAAGUUUGUCGAUCUCUGUAAUAUCAGUGUUAUAAAGCCAAUUUGUGACCUGAUUGACAGAUUUGGAAACGACCACCUCCCUGUUGACGAUCUUGACGGUGACUAUUUCUCUGACGUACCCACAUUCAGGGGUAGCUCUUGGCGAGGCAAAGACUGCAAUGAUGUCAGCUCCAAAGCACAUCCAGGUCGGUACAGUGUGGACGAUGCUAUUGAAGACACCAACUGCAACGGUAUUCUUGGAAGGGAUCCUGCUACUGGGGACACCUACGAGUCGCUAUGGUGCAAGGACAGUCAGCCAAUGGGAACUGUGAUUCUCGGGGACAGUGCGGGGGCUCAUUUUCACAUCCCUCCUGCCUGGUUGACCAGCAAAGAGAUGAGUGAGGAGGUUUUCAAAGACCUCUUCUUCAUACUGGAGAAUGAACUUGACUGGCCAAUGAUGUCUAGUGCCACUGGUUAUAUGAACUCCACCUGGCCAGCCGCAAUUACUGGUCCCGUGGAUUCUACCUAUCUCAGACUAAAGGAGAUCAAUCGCUGCAACCACAGAGAUUAUCAAAGUAUCGCUGUCAAUGGUGCUCGUGCAUCUGCUAUGGCUAAAGAGCUUGUGAAGGGAUUUGCUCGAGACGGAAAAACCGACAAACCUGUUUUCUUAUCGCUAGCUCUGAUUGGAAACGAUGUCUGCAACGGACAUCACGAUAUAAGUCACAUGACCACCCCCGAGGAAUUUUACAACAGUACUUUGGAGACACUACGCUAUGUUGACUCUAUUGUAGCCCCAGGCUCUGUUGUGAUAGGUGUGGGGCUGGUGGAUGGUAGGGUCCUCUAUAACACACUACACGAUCAAAUCCACCCCAUUGGUUCAUAUCGAAACGACGUCACCUACGCUCAGAUAUACGACUACCUCAACUGCUUGGAGAUAUCUCCGUGUUUCGGCUGGCUGAACAGUAACGAAACUUGGAGAAACUUAACCACAGAGCGAGCUUUUCAACUCAACGAUGCCUUCAAGAGCUUGGUGGCUAAAGAGACAUUCAACAACUUCAAGGUUCACUACAUGGAUGCUGCUAUAAAUGAAAUGUUUAAGCGCUGGGUGGCUGAAGGAGGUAAGCCGUCGGAACUGAUAGAACCAGUGGAUGGUUUUCACCCCAGCCAGAUCGGACAAGCUAUAAAUACGGCUGUGACGUUUGACUUGUUAGAAAAAAUGGGAGUGCUCCCCCCCACUAACCCAUACAAUGACGAGAUAUUCAAGAAGUUUGGAGACCAGGGAGGUUAUUAGUUCGAGGGAUUCGGUGUGUACAUGUACUAUAUAAUUAUGUUAGUGUGUUAUUCUUUCACUUUUGUGCUGCUUUGUUUUCACUUAGUGAGUUCUCCUGAUUACAUGUAUCAGGAGUACAUCUUAAUAUGUACUGCUGCAUAUAUAUAUAGCUGUGUCUGUUGCACAAACAAUUAUGUGUUGUGAAUAGCACACUUAUCGUGUUAUUUAUUUAUUUAUUAUGCACUGAAUGGUAAAAUUAUUUGAUAUUAUAAUUGAUAAUAAAUUAUGGCAUAAUGA